UGUUGUGUGAAUAUUCAAACUUUACCUGCCAAACUGAAGGAGCAUGUUGGGCCUCAGUCAUGCUAACAAAUGGCAGAGAAGAGGUGAUCAAAUCCUGUGUGUCCCUCCCAGAGCUCAAUGCUCAAGUCUUCUGUCACAGCUCUAACAACAUUACAAAGACCGAAUGCUGCUUCACAGAUUUUUGCAAUAAUAUUACCCUGCAUCUCCCAACGGCUGCAGCAUCUCCAAAAUUGCAAAAACUAGGACCAGUGGAGCUGACCAUAAUUAUUACCAUACCAGUUUGCCUUUUAUCUAUAGCUGCGAUGUUGACUAUAUGUACCUGUCAAGGACGUCAAUGCACUUAUAAAAAGAAAAAGAGGCAAAAUGUGGAAGAACCACUAAAUGAAUGCAACCUAGUAAAUGCUGGCAAAACUCUUAAAGAUCUUAUUUAUGAUAUGACUACAUCUGGGUCUGGAUCUGGUUUACCUCUAUUGGUCCAGAGAACAAUUGCAAGGACAAUUGUACUUCAGGAAAUAGUAGGAAAAGGUAGAUUUGGUGAAGUAUGGCAUGGCAGGUGGUGUGGGGAAGAUGUGGCUGUGAAAAUAUUUUCCUCAAGAGAUGAAAGGUCUUGGUUUCGUGAGGCAGAAAUCUACCAAACGGUUAUGCUGCGACAUGAAAACAUCCUUGGCUUCAUUGCUGCUGAUAACAAAGAUAAUGGAACUUGGACUCAGUUGUGGCUUGUAUCUGAAUACCAUGAGCAGGGAUCUUUAUAUGACUAUUUGAAUAGAAACACAGUGACAGUGGAUGGUAUGGUCCGAUUGGCACUUUCAGUAGCUAGUGGUCUGGCCCAUCUACAUAUGGAGAUAGUUGGAACACAAGGCAAACCUGCAAUUGCUCAUCGAGAUCUAAAAUCAAAGAAUAUCUUAGUGAAAAAAUGUGAAACUUGUGCCAUUGCAGACUUAGGACUAGCUGUGAAGCAUGAUUCAGUACUGAACACUAUUGACAUCCCUCAAAACCCCAGAGUGGGGACGAAGAGGUAUAUGGCUCCUGAGGUGCUUGACGAUACAAUGAAUAUGAAUAUUUUUGAAUCCUUCAAACGUGCUGACAUAUAUUCCCUUGGUCUGGUGUAUUGGGAAAUAGCACGGAGAUGCUCAGUUGGAGGAAUCACUGAAGAGUACCAACUGCCUUUCUACGACAUGGUGCCUUCAGAUCCCUCAAUAGAGGACAUGAGGAAAGUUGUUUGUGAACAGAAAUAUAGACCAAAUAUACCAAACCAGUGGCAAAGUUGUGAGGCACUCCGAGUAAUGGGUAGAAUAAUGAGGGAGUGUUGGUAUGCAAAUGGGGCAGCUCGCUUGACAGCUCUGCGUAUUAAGAAGACCAUUUCUCAACUUUGUGUAAAAGAAGACUCCAAAGUAUAAGUGAUUUUUGGUGUUAAAAAGGAAUCUUUUUAAAAAU